AUGCGGGCGGCGAAGAUGCGCCCAGACAAGUUUACGUGCUCCAUCCUGGUGAAGGGGCUGGCGAAGGGCGCGCCCGCGGAGCACGUCCAGUCUUCCCUCGAGCUCCUCGCGGAGGUGGGCACCGCAUGCGACGCCGCGCUGCUGUCGAGCCUCUACCACAACGUGCUGGAGGCGGCGGUCGCGGGCCCUCACCAGGAGCUCGUGGCCAAGACCGUGGCGCAGAUGCGCCGUUGCGGCGUGCCGCCCCGCGGCGAGAUUCUCACCGCCACGCUGGGCAGGAGGUGA